CCUGAAGUACAGAGGAGGCGGGGAAGCAGGGGGAAACAAAAGUUUGUUUAGUUCCUUUAACAGCGGUAGACGGAAUGCGUAAAGUUGCACGGCACGGCUCGACUCUGGUUUAACUUUUAACCACGUUAACAGUGUGGAUGGACUAGGGUGAUGUUCAGACUAUACAGCCUUUAACGGAACUGACUGGUGUUUACAAACCUAGUAGCAUUCGUCAUUUUCAUCCAUGAGGAGAUUGCAGAAGUUGUUGUCUUCCUAAACUAAACGAUGGCAGAUACAAAUCACACAGUGGUGUACUUUUCAGAGCAGGUGGUAGUUUUGUGUUCGUGUGGGCUGUCUUUUGUGGGUUCUACUCUGAUCAUCCUCACCUACAUAAUGUGGCCAGAUUUGAGGACAACUCCGAGGAAACUGCUGGUCUUCCUGUCGGUGUCGGACUGGCUCUCCGCCGUGUCCUACGCCUUCGGAGUCUGGAGGGUUUUUCAUACCGACUCGCUGGACUGUGUGGUUCAAGGAGCUGUUUCUACCUUCGCCAACACCAGCUCUUUUUUCUGGACCGUGGCCAUCGCCGUCUACCUGUAUGUUUUCAUAGUCAGGUCCAACCAGAGAGCCGCAGACAGCCUGGUGCUAUUCUUCCAUCUUAUCAGUUGGGGUGUUCCUCUGAUCAUCACUGUUGCAGCUGUGUGCCUGAAAAAAAUUGGCUAUGAUGCAUCAGAGGUUUCUGUGGGCUGGUGUUGGGUUCGGAUCCAGGCUCCAGACCGGGUCCUGUGGAUGCUGCUUACAGGCAAGAUCUGGGAAUUCCUGGCCUACCUCACCCUGCCUGUCCUCUACAUCCUGAUCAAGAGACAUAUUCACAUUGCGCAUGCUGCCUUGUCUGAGUACCGUCCCAUCCUGGCCAACAGGCCUGCGUACCAGUCUUUCUCAUCCAUGGCGGACGUGAAGCUCACUCUCAUUCCUAUUAUCUUCAUCAUCCUGCGCAUUUGGAGCACAGUGCGUUUUAUUCUGCUGUUGGCUGGUUCUCCAGUCAGACAACACCCAGUAUUGGUCACCUUACAUGGCAUUGGCAACACCUCACAGGGAGCAGCCAACUGCAUCAUGUUUGUGUUGUUUACUCAGCCAGUUCGUACACGCCUCUGCAGAUCGCUCUGCUGCUGCUGCUCAAAGUGCCGCGCAAACUCCGCCCACAGGCCCCUACAAGGCCAGGACCUGUCCACCCAGAGAGACGGAGACAGCAGCAGCCGAGCCCAGGCCGACAGAUGAUACCCGAUUCUGGGAGGAGAAAAUAAACGAAGGUCAAUAUGAAGGGAGCGGACGAUGGUCUCCACUUCACUAUUAGUAGCCUCAUUACAGCAAGUGCCUCCUGAGAGGGUUGAAGAUUCUGCAGGUGCAUGCACAUCUGUGUGACAGGGAAAGUCAUAUGCUUGCACUUUAGGUGAUGAGGAUAAGGCUGCUUGGUCUGCAGUGCUGAGUGUGGUGCUCAUACAUGUUCUGGGUUUGCACAUGUACUGUAAACCACUUCUUAACUUGUAUAUGUAAGGUGUUUUCUGUUUGCAUCGUCAGCAAAUACUAUAUACAGAUACUUUGUAAAGUGGGCUGUAGCGGUUGUGUGUAUCAUGUACUGUGUGAAGGAAUUUACAUUCUGAAGUUAUUACUGUGAAAUAAUCUCUAGUACUGUACGUAUACAAAAAACACGUUUUAGGGUCUGAUUUUGAUAUAUUUGUAUACAGUAGUAUUCAUACUUUGGGUAAUAAUAAAAGACAAAUGUAUAUUUACUUCAA